UUCAGCAUUAUCCAAUCAUGUUAUUGAUCGUCACCGGUAAAAACAAUCAUCGGUCGGAAGUGAUUUGUGACGAUUCUUGGCAUAAUCCCGACGGGCCCAGGGAUUGGCCAAAUAUGACUCUUACGACUGAAGUAUCUCAAAAGGAUAAAUUAACCGAUUUACGCGGCAAUUACUUGAGAAUCUCAGUUUUAGAGGCUCUUCCCUUGACCCAAAUCAAUGGGUCUAAUGUAAGUGGCUAUUUCGUGGAUGUGUUGGAUAUCUUGGCAGACCUGAUGCAUUUCCAAGUGGUUUAUCAAAGGCCUCCAGAUGGUCUCUGGGGAAGCAAGAACGACGAUGGAACUUGGAAUGGAAUGGUCGGAGAACUGACCAAUAAUCAAAGUGACAUAUCCAUUGGAGGCCUCUCAAUCACCGAGGAUAGAUCCCAAGUGAUUGAUUUCACUUAUCCUCUGAUCGAUGAUGACGUGACACUGAACUAUCGGGUUUUGGAACCGGCAGAGCUUAACUUUCAUGCCUUUUUUCAAGUGUUCCAAACUGGAACCUGGAUCAGCAUUGGAGUAGCCUUCAUCCUCGUCGUUAUUGGCCUUUGUUUGACCAGUCAAAUGGGACCGAACAAGUUUGGAAUUCUGAGGAGUUGUGAAAUCACGUGGGUUAAUUUUAUCCUCAGGGAUCCAAAUGGUCAUGAUCAUUUUGCCGACACUUCUUCGCUUUUUUCCUACAAGAUUUGGUUUGCCAUAAUGAGCUUGUUUUCUUUGAUUGUCAUGACCGUUUACACCGGAGACUUGACGUCGAAAAUGACAGCAUCUGGUCCAGUGGACGACCUGACCUCAUUUCAAGACAUAAUUGAUCGUAAAUGGCAACUCCUACUACAGCCAGGAACCAACGUAUAUGGCCAAGUGGCCCGAAGUAUCGAGGGAAGUGCGCUAAAAAAUGUGUUUCAAAACCAUAUGUUUGACAAUGAUUUGAAUCUGACCUUGGCAGAAACCCUAUUGAGUAACAGGAACGUUGUUUAUAUUGGUACUAAAGGCAUCUUUAUAUUCCAACCAAAUAUCCGCAGCGUAAAAGUGCCCGGAACUUGGAGUGAAUCAAUUGCCUUUGGUGUUCCCAAAGAUUGGCCUCAUCUCAGGACGAUGAACUAUCACAUUCAACGACUAAGGGAAUUCGGAAUUCUAACCAUAUUGAAAAGCAAAUGGUUUAACGCUCAGACAUCAAAUUCAAUUGGGUCCUUGAAUGAAUCGUUUUCCAUAUCCUACCAGCAUACAUUACUUCCGUUCAUACUUUUGAUGUUGGUUUGUGGCCUCUCCAUAUUUCUUGGGAUUCUGGAGAGAAUAUUGCCAAGGAGGACAACACAGCUCUCUCAGACCUGUGAACACAAAUCAAAUACUUAAGGGCAUCAUGAAGUAUUUUGAAGAGAUGUACGACCAUUGCAAUGAUAUACAGAGUUCCAUUUGGUUACGAAAAACCUGCACGAACGGCUGGAGACAUAAGAAACUGUUGAUACCCAUAACGGAAAUAAAAAUGUUCGCAUUCUUUCCUCAAAUCCAAUAUGUCCCACUCAUUUAUUAAUCUGAAUAUUCCACCAAGGAGAUGGUGGAUCCGAGUAGUUCAACAGAAGAUCAAGAAGUUCCCUUUGCUUUGAUUAGCUCUCAAAUUUGGACCUCUACUAUCACACUCGAUUCCAUCUCAUUAUCACCUGAGGAAAUUUGGGAUUCUAUCCGUCCACCUUAUAAAACGAAGAGUUUCAUGCGCAGACAUCAUCAAUUCGGAGAAGGUCCUCCAUUGGAACUUCUCCCGUCUCCCAUGUGCACUUUGUGCAUUAUAUCAGUCUAAGCUACUG